AUGGUUCUUUCUAAUGAGAAGGUUAGAAAUUAUAUACCUAAUGAUUUGGUCUUCUCUAUUAUGUUAAAUUUGCCUCUAAAAUCUUUGAAUCGAUUUAAAUGUGUACACAAAUCAUGGGCCAUUUUAUUUGAAAACUCUUAUUUUAUGGACAUGUAUCGCACAAAUUUCAUCUCUAAUAAUUCAUAUUGUGAUGAUACAUGUCUCCUCUUAAAACAAACUUUGCUAGAUUUUGAAAAUCAUUCUUUGUUGUAUUUAUUUUCUGGUGAGGGGUUUGACAAUAAGGUCAAAAUUGAAUGGCCGCCUCCAUUUCAAGAGGAUGAUUGUGAUAUUAAUAUUUUGGGUUCUGGAAUUAAUGGAAUUAUUUGUCUCUAUGCUGAAUGCAUUAGUUCAAAAAUUGUAUUAUGGAAUCCAGCUAUUCAAGAAUUCAAAGUCAUCCAUUCCAACCAUGUACCACCAUAUGUAAGUUUUGUGGAUACACUUCACGGAUUUGGUUAUGAUUAUGUUAGAGACGACUAUAAUGUGAUUCGAUACGUAGAAUUCUCUAUAUAUCAAAAUUAUUAUUUAAAUCCAGAAUUAAAUGAGGUCUUGUCAAAGGUGGUAUAUGAGCCUUUAUGGGAGAUGUAUAGCCUUAAAAGUAAUUCUUGGGAGAAACUUGAUUUGGAUAUGACAAAUCUUUAUCUGAGUCGUCCAGGUGUUCUAGAGCAAGUGUACUUAAAUGGAGUGUGUCAUUGGUUGGGCGGAAAUGAAAUAGAUAUUGAUAGUUUAUAUUUGGUGUCAUUUGAUUUGGGUAAUAAAGUGUUCUUUAUAACACACAUGCCCUCUAUGAUGGAUGAUGAGAUUAAGAAUAUUGAAUCGGUGAGUAUUCAUUUAUUGUUGUUAAAUGAGUCGAUUGCUUUAAUAUCUAAUCAUGUGCUGGUGAAUAAUUUUCACAUAUUCGUUCUUGGUGAAAUUGGCGUGAAAGAAUCAUGGAAUAAACUCUUCGUUGUUGGACCAUUACCUUAUAUUGGACGUCCUAUUGGAGUAGGGAAAAACUACGACAUAUUUCUUGCAUUAGAAGAUGAAGAACUAGCCAGAUGUGACUUAAAUACACACACAAUUCAAAAGCUUGGAAUUAAGAGGAUGUUUUUUUGUUGUCAGAUAGUAAUGUAUAAGAAAAGCCUUCUUUCAAUUGCAGAAGAAAUAAUUGAUUAA